CUCCUCCCUCCGCGCGCUCUCCCCGCCGCCCCCCCCCUCACCCGACUCCGGACGCGCAGCGCGCACGCCCGCCCGCCGGCACGCUUCCGAAUGUGUCUGGACUGGUCGCGAGCUGCGCCCUCCAACCACUGCCUCUGGCCGCCCCGCGCAGCCAACACCGACGCGCUCGCUCCGGGGCACCAGCUCGCGCGCUCCCGACUCCCUCUCGGCCCUCACGCGUACCUUCCGUGGCGCGAGCCCGAGCCUCCUCCUCCUCCUCCUCCUCCUCCUCCUCCGCCUCCUCCACCUCCUUCUCCUCGGCUAGCCUCCCUCCCUUCCCCGCCCCCACGGCUACCAACGGCAGCCACGGCCGCCGCCGCCUUCGCCCCCACCCCUAGAGCGUGCACCUCCCACAAUCCCCCCCGCGGGACGUUCCAUUGCGCGCGGCUGCCGGGGCAGGGGAGAAGCGGACACGCCCGCGCGGAGGAAGCUUGCCACCGGGUCGGGAAUCUCUUGAGUAGAGAGCUAAGGAACCUAGGCACCGACCUCCUGGGCCGGGCCGCCGCAAAGCCGAGGCUUGCUACCCGCUUCCGGCCGCGGGGCGGGUGGCGCGGUGCCCCUCCGCUGGGCUGUGGUUGCAGCCGCGGCGACUGCGCGUUGGGUAGCUUCCUGCCACACGACCCGAGCUUGCUUCACAGCUGCAGGACGGGCGCCUCGGAUCCAGCCGCUGGCGGUGUGUGUGCGGGUCACCGAAGCAGAAGUACUAGUGGUGGACUCAUGAGAACAAAGACCAUGCUGACAGGAAUGACAAGGUUUUUCUCCAGGGUCCAGAAGGUGAGUCCUCACAGACUACUCACAUGCUUCACUUUCAGGUAAAAUUCUCAGAAGGCUAAGGCAAGUAGCCUUUCAGGUAAAGUUUAGGAUUGGGAGUUCAAGGCCAGCUUGGCCUGCCAAGUGGGAGUCUGCCUAAGCAACACGCAGAGAUAGAGUGUGUGUCUGAGGUAAUGUGUGAUACAGAGUUGGCGUUUUUUAC